AUAACUGCAUUCAGCCAGUGGGCACGAAAAUGAGUUUUAGCUGCUCUGUGCAAAAACCCUAGGUGUGUGGACAGAAGGGAGCCGACCAGCAGGUUACAACAGGUCAGGAAUAAAUAACCACCAGGCGGAGGAUCCCAGAUUCAGUCCAUCCUUUUGUUGAGUGAGGAGCGAGCGCAAGGCAAUCGCGUUCACAAAGGCUUUGGAAAGAAGCGGUUCCACCGUCCCCGCUCGGCUCCAGCCCCGGGGGUACAGGCAUGGAUGGGAAGAAAUGCAGCAUAUGGAUGUUUUUACCCCUUGUAUUUACCUUGUUUACUUCAGCUGGAUUGUGGAUAGUAUACUUUAUAGCUGUGGAAGAUGACAAAAUUUUCCCAUUAAACUCAGCUGAAAGGAAACCUGGUGUGAAGCAUGCACCAUAUAUAAGUAUUGCAGGUGAUGAACCUCCUGCAAGCUGUGUGUUUAGUCAAGUUAUGAACAUGGCAGCAUUCCUAGCUCUGGUGGUAGCUGUUCUGCGCUUCAUACAACUGAAACCAAAGGUUUUAAAUCCGUGGCUGAAUAUUAGUGGAUUGGUGGCGCUCUGUCUGGCUUCCUUCGGAAUGACCUUACUUGGUAAUUUUCAGCUCACAAAUGAUGAAGAAAUCCAUAAUGUCGGAACUUCCUUGACUUUUGGAUUUGGCACGUUGACCUGCUGGAUCCAGGCUGCAUUGACACUCAAAGUAAACAUCAAGAAUGAAGGACGGAAAGUUGGAAUUCCACGAGUUAUUCUCUCAGCAACUGUCACUCUCUGCGUGGUUCUCUACUUCAUCCUCAUGGCCCAAGGCAUCCACCUGUACGCAGCCAGGGUCCAGUGGGGCCUGGUCAUGUGCUUCCUGUCUUACUUUGGCACCUUUGCUGUGGAGUUCCGGCAUUAUCGUUACGAGAUUGUAUGUUCCGAAUACCAGGAGACUUUCCUAAGCUUCUCAGAAAGCCUGUCUGAAGCGUCUGAAUAUCAAACCGACCAGGUGUAACCCAUCAGUUUUUCCUUGCUGGUGAGGUGGGUGUAGCAGCAGGGGAGGGGCCGAGGCACACCCACAGGACUUGACCUACAACCUCAUGACACAUCGUAAACACAGGCACGUGCACGCGCGCGCGCGCGCGCACA